CGGUUUUCUGAAACAGGCGGAGAAAUUUAUUCAUUUCCAUUGGCUGCCGGCGAACAAGAAACAUCGGCGGUAUUUCUUCUUCUUUGUCAACAAAGGAUCAACGGAGAGGAUCAGUCUCGGUAGAUUAUAAAGGAAAAGCUUUGUUAUUCAUGGAUGCUCCACAGAACUUCAACUUCAACUUCAACUUCAGCUUCAACGGUAGUAUUUCGUCUUUGAACGAUUGUAAUGUGGAGGAGUUUGGUACUAACGAGAAGAUGCAUUUCAACUUCAACUUCAACUUCAAAGCCUCUUAGUCUCGGAUGGUUCGAUCACGUGAAACCGGCUCCGAAGGAUCCGAUCAUCGGUGUUACCGAGGCUUUUUUGGCCGAUCCAAGCCCUAACAAAAUCAACCUCGGGGUGGGAGCUUAUCGUGACGAUGAGGGCAAACCGGUUGUGCUUCAAUGUGUUAGGGAUGCUGAAUCGAAAAUUACCGGGAGCGAGUUCUUAGAGUCAAUUUCUGCUGGGGUGAGUUCAAGAUUUGUGGAGGAGAGUGUUGAGUUGAUUUAUGGAAAGAAUUCAGAUGUUAUGAAGGAAAGGAGGUUUGCCGGACUUCAGGCAUUGUCUGGGACUGGAGCUUGCCGACUGUUUGCUGAAUUUCAAAGGCAUUUCCAUCAUGAUGUUCCGAUUUUCUUGCCUGAUCCUACUUGGUCUAACCAUCACAACAUUUGGAGAGAUGCUCAAGUUCCUGUGAGAACCUACCGCUACUAUCAUCAUGAUUCAAAGGGUUUGAAUUUUGGAGCAUUCAUGGAUGAUAUCAAGAAUGCCCCAGAAGGUUCUUUCUUUCUGCUUCAUCCUUGUGCUCACAACCCAACUGGCAUCGACCCAACGGAUGAACAAUGGCGAGAAAUUUCAAAUCAGUUUAUGGUGAACCAUCACUUUCCCUUCUUUGACAUGGCGUAUCAAGGUUUUGCCAGUGGAGAUCUUGAAAAGGAUGCCAAAGCUAUACGUAUAUUUCUUGAAGAUGGACAUAUAAUAGGAUGUGCUCAAUCCUUUGCGAAGAAUAUGGGUUUAUACGGACACAGGGUUGGUUGUCUAAGUGUUCUUGCCAAAGAUCAAAAGCAAGCGAUGAUAGUAAGAUCUCAACUUCAGCGACUGGCCAGGGCAAUGUAUAGCAGCCCUCCUAUUCAUGGUGUGUUAUUGGUCUCAACAAUCUUGAGCGAUCCACUUCUGAAGGCUGAAUGGAUUGAAGAACUGAAGGUCAUGGCUGAUCGCAUUCGAUCAAUGAGAGCUAGUUUAUUUGAUCAUCUUGAGAAAUUGAACUCUCCUCACAAUUGGGACCACAUAGUUAAGCAGGUUGGAAUGUUUUGCUAUUCUGGAUUGAACUAUGAGCAGAUUGAUCAGCUGGCGAGAGAUUUUCAUAUAUAUAUGACUAGGGAUGGACGUAUAAGCAUGGCGGGUGUGACGACGAGAAAUGUAAGCUAUUUAGCGGAAGCGAUGCAUCAAGUCAGUAGCUAUGAUCCACAGUGUCAAUAAAGGUCUCGAAUGCAAGUUUCUAAUUGGCCAUCAUCUCAAGAAUAGUUCAAUUGAUGAGGAUUAGUUUCUUACUGUUCAAUCUACCUAUACCGAUUUGUAUUUUUAGGCAAAAUCUAAUAGAUCAGCCAACAAGCCAUUUUUUAAUCAGCUUUAGUGGUAGAUAAUAUAUAGCUGGAAAAAAAGAACUACAUUCUAUAGAAGCAGAAAUUAAUGAGUCGCGAUGGCAUCAAGUAUCUAUGAUUUCCUUGGAUUGUGUUGGUGGUUCAAUCCCCACCCACAAUUAUAUAUAUAUACACGUAUAAUAGAAAAGAAAAAGGUCAGUCUCGAAAUGGCAAAUCUAUAACUUCAACAGGUGUAUCAAAUUUCUUGAAA